UUUUGGUUCUGUGUGCGAGUCCAAAUCUAAUUCGAGAAACUAUGAUAAAGGCACAUGAACUAAACUUUGACAACGGAGAAUAUGUCUUCCUUUCGUUUGAACAAUUUUCCAGCACAGCUGAAAUUGAAAUGCCUUGGUAUCGUGCAAGUGACACAUCCGAGAGAAACUAGAAAGCCAGAAAGGCUUAUGAGGCACUCAUGAUUAUAACUGUUCGUUAUCCAACAAAUCCAGAAUAUAAACAAUUCGUCAGUGAGGUCGGACAAAGAACAAAUAGUCCUUAUUUACAGGUUAGCAGUUUGGUAGGAGCAUUUCAUGAUGCAAUUGUGUUGUACGGACUAGCUGUCAAAGAUGCGCUGAAAGCUAACGUAUCUUUAAGGAACGGUACAUAUAUUACACAACAAAUGUGGAACAGAACAUUUCGAGGUAUAACAGGAACUGUAAAUAUAGACGAAAAUGGAGACAGAGUAGCGGACUAUUCGCUCUUGGAUAUGAACAUAAUGACAGGAAACUUUGAGGUGGUUGCCAAUUACUUCGGACAAUCCAAGCGUUUUGAAUACAUAAAAGAAAAAUUUAUACAAUGGCCUGGAAAUUACCACCAUGCCCCACCAGACACACCGAAAUGUGGCUAUGACAAUUCUAAGUGUCCUCCUGAAGCUGGACACAACGAUACCUUUACUGAGAAAUCAACGAAAAGAAAAACCGAGGAACUUUUACAGACCUUGCAACAAACUCUAACAAAGAUUUCUGAAUCAAUCAAAAAGCACAACACAAGCUUGAUUGCGAUGGCCAAAUAUGUUCAAGCACAAAGACGUGCUGAUUUGGAGUCUUCAAGGAAAUGUCCGUUGCCAAUGCCAGAUGACACAUUGAAAAGCAUUGACUGUACAGAUGUCCUCAAAAACGGUUACACGUCUUCAGGACUUUACAAAAUUUACCCAAGAGGAAGUAAAUCUGGGUACAAAGUACUCUGUGACCUGGAAACAGACGGUGGUGGUUGGACCAUAUUCCAGCUCAGAGAAAAUUUGACCUACGAUUUUUACAAGACAUGGGUUGAAUAUGAAUACGGAUUUGGAGAGGUUUAUCCUACGUUGAAUUUCUGGUUAGGUCUCAGUCAGAUACACCAGAUAACGUCUCAAGGUACAUAUGAGCUGCGAAUUGACAUAGAGAACGUUAACAAUGACAGAGCUGUCGCACUAUAUCAAGAUUUUGGCAUAAGUAACGCCACAUUAGACUAUACCAUCUCGGUGGGAUCAUUCAGUUAUGAUCCAUCUUUAAAUAUUCCCGGCGAUGAUUUGACUGGGGUAAACAACAUGAAAUUUUCAACGCAUGAUAUGGACAAUGAUGAAGAAGAUACAGUCAAUUGUUCCCAGUUUUGUCGAAGUGCAUGGUGGUACAACUUAUGUCAGCACGAUGUUCCUAGUUCAAAUCUAAACGGAGAUGUUGGAUCCGAAGAGUGUCGCCAUUUGUGGGCAGGUUACAGUGACGAACGAAUAUCCAAAACAAGGAUGAUGUUAAGGCGGAAGCAAUAGGGUUAUACAUGUAUAUUUUGCAGUGUAAAUCUGCUCGGGCCUUUCCGAAUUGUGUUUAUAUAAAUUGAGCCUUCUUAAUUCUAACGAUGUGUACUAUUUACAGCGAGGCUACAAAAUGUCACAGAAAAGCCAGGAUUAUACAAUAUUACCUGUAGACAUACCGACAUACCGCGCAUAUAUAGCAGGGCGUUCAUGAAAACGCAUGUUUUAUAACAAGUUGCAACAUUGUGAAAUAUAAUUCUUUGAUUUUGAUAUUUGCUCUCUCGUUCACCAGUGUGUCAGCAUCAACUGAAAUUACAGAUCACAUACACCAACAUUAAAUCGCCCCUAUUGGAUGUACGCACGUAUUGAGUGCACUUAAUACUGACUAAAGGUUAUAUGGUUAGAUUUAGAUAGUGUAUACAUUCAAUGCGUGCAUACAUUCAAUGCCGGAAAUUUAAUGCUGGAAAUUUAAUGCUGACAGAUCACAUGCGGACGUAUUGCUCUAAAGUAUAGGAGAACUCUGGUGUUAAACAGUUUUGGUCAAUAAGGAAAUCCGGAGCUGUUAUCAGAAAACUUUCAAAUAAACAACACAAAUUUUAAAUUAUAAGUACUUAUGAUUUUUCUACUAUUUACCAUAUAAGCUCAUAAAAAAAUCAAAGCCUUGAAAUGUCUGCUGGUUGCGGGUUUUUUGGUAGAUUUAUUUUCUGUUUAAAUGCCAGUCUAUGAAUAUACAUGAAUGAGAAACAAAUACAAAUUUAAUGUGCCUCAUAUCUAAGAUGAACUCUGCCUGACCCAGCUUGUGAUGUAACCAUGGGCCGGAAUACCUUAUCAUUGAUAGAUCUUAUAUAAUCUAAAUGGUCAGUGCAAGUGGACAAAGGUUGAAUAAGAACUGCUUGUUCAUUGAUAACUCAUCCGCAUUGUUCAUGAAUGGGACUAUUUUGUGUAGCACAUGAACAUCCUUUGGAUGUGAUUCGGAAUCAAAUAAAGAUGCUAUGAUUGUCAGAAAUACACUUUAACUUUGGUAGCGGGAUAAACCCGCAACCAAAAAUGGUAGCUUUAGUUGAGAAAACAUUAAUUUAACAAGAGAAGAUGUAAUUUAUUUGGUAUGUACUGAAACGAUUUUGUCUUCUUUUUUUGUACAAGUACACUUUGUGGUGUUGU